CUGGUCUUUUUUUCUUCUCCUCUUUCCGCAUUUCUCUCCCCCUCACGUCUGCUUUCCUGGUCUUUAUUCUUUUUACUCGCGCCCGAUUGAUUCUCUAGUCGUUUCAGAUGUCCUGUUAAUUUUCAUCGCUCAUUAAUUUCCGGUCAGUCUUGCUAUCUUAUCGUCUCUACUAAAUAUAAAUAUAUAUAUAUACCUUCUCUCAUCUUCCUCUGGUUCCCCACGCCCCGAAACGACUUACCCACUCGGAGCCAUUCUUCAAAAGGCAGAUCAAGUCAUCGUCGACUCCACCGUGACUCUUCCUCUUCCGCCACUUCGGUUUCUGCGGAUCAUCGCAACCUCUGCAAUCCCCUCCCUCUUGCGUUAUCAGGGUCCUCGUUGUCCGUCUCCCUGAUCUCUGCUCCUGAGGUUGCGAUGUUUUCCCUCUUUUCCCGUCAUUCUGCCCAUCCCCUCUCCCGGUGACCAUGCCCAUCUUCCAGGAUCCGGAACACCAGCGGCUCCAGGAUUUGUGGUCUGAUGAUCACCAGCCACGGCUUAAUGCUCGACGUCAGACCAUCUCUCCCUGGAAACAUCCUCCUGGGGAGCCCCUGGGAAGCCACCCCCUCACAGGGCCUCAGAAUGUCCCAUACGAAGGCCCCUCUCCGGAUCAAAGCCGGGCGGGAAUGCAUGCAACAAAUCGCGAGGAACUGAUCCAGUAUAUUAAAAGCGCCGAUGCGCCCCGAUGGGCAUCACAUCAUUCCUCGGGAAGCAGUCCGAACCCUACCCUUCAGGCGUCCGAUCAGUUAGCAUCGCCGGCCGAUAUUGAACGCCCUCGCUCAGCUUUACAUUCAGGAGACUUUAGGGAAGGAAGCUCUCAAGCCCAGAGCCAGCAACACGCCCCAUCAUCCCCGGUGCCUGGUCGCACCGUCAACGCACACUUUCCACUACUGAGUUCCUCCCCGACGACGCCUUGGUUCAGUACUCCCGUUUUCCCUGCCUCUUUACGAGGCCAAUCUCUAUCAGUUCAGACAGCAACCCCGACAGCCCGUUCUCGGGCUCCCUCUCUCGGCUCGUUCUCUUCGAGCUAUAUACUGAAAGCCCCGACGAGCCCUCUCGUUCACCAGGCAAAUAAUACAGACCUGGACUUCUCUCCUCGGCCGGAGUACGUCGGUCAUUCGGACGCCAUCGACAAAGUCAGUCGCCGCCGUACCCUUCCCCCAGAAACAUUCCAGCACUUGCAGGCAUCGCAUGGGGACCAUGGAGAGGGGAUCUUCUUCCAGGCUGAUGCUCAUCGCACACCAUGGGACACGACAACAUCUUAUCAUCUUCACUCCCCUCGGCGGUCCCUGACUUCAACAUACAGCCUUCAGCUUGCAUCCUCGGUCCAAACUCCGAUCACGAGGGUUCGAAGGCCCUCGGUGGGCUCAGAAGUCUCUUCCAGAGCACAUGCGCCAAUGGUUGGCUCAUACGAGGAGUCUAUCCUCCGUGGAAGAAUGUCAAUGAGCCCUUCCAAGCCCUUGGACUUCACCGCGCAAAUUGGCGUCCUCGGUAAAGGCAAAUGCAAAGCCAACCUCAAAUGCCCACCGCACGUGACAAUACCAUUUCCGGCGGUGUUUUACAGCUACCCCACGUCAGGCAGUGGUCGCUCAAUCGCGGACGAUAGCCCCAGCCCUUAUGUUGGCUUGAUAGACUUGGACAAUUUCCUUCCUCGGGACACGUCCAGUGGUAGCAGUCGACGUCGCAGGCGCCAUCAGAGCCCUGCAGGAACACACAACGACUGUGCCAUGGGGAAUACCAUGGAUCAUAGGUCAACCGAUCAGGAAACUUUGCGCAGGCGCGAGAAAAGGCAUAGGAGGGCGGAAUCGCCCAAAAGUCCACCGGGUGGUUGUUACCGAAUCCCACAGCACGGUCAGUUGCAGAUCAUGAUCAAGAAUCCCAACAAAACAGCGGUGAAGCUCUUCCUCGUGCCCUACGACCUCAGCGAUAUGGAGCCGGGGACAAAGACAUUCAUCCGACAACGAAGCUAUUCGGUGGGUCCCAUCAUUGAUAUGCCUUUGAGCGCUCGAAAGAACUAUGGAACCGAUCGCCCUGAAGCGUCGCUAAACGCUUCAGAGGAUCCCAAAGACAAGCCGACUCUACGGUACUUGAUCCAUCUGAACAUAUGUUGUCCAUCUCGGGGCCGAUUUUAUCUUCACUCUAGCAUUCGUGUUGUAUUUGCCAACAGAGUUCCCGACGGUAAGGAAAAGCUUCGCAAUGAAAUACAAUGCCCUGAUCCCCGUUACACGCCUUACAAACCCUCACGGGACUCCAGUCAUACACACGCAACUGCACGGUCAUCAACAGACCAGAUGCCACACAAAGCACCCACAGAUCGAGAACCAUCAUCGAUGUUGAGUCCAUCGGGGGCUAUGACCUCACGAGAGCCCCAAUACUCCGGGAGCUCCUCCACGUGUGUUCCAGAGGACCCGUUCUCAGACCGUACACUUGCAGACCGGGAGGGUGCCCCGCGGGGCACCUCCAGCCUCUUUAGUCCUUCCCAGCCUUCCUCACAUCCUUUCCGGCCUAUUCCGUCACUGUCUCCAGGGCCCAAACUCGACCUAAGUUUUACGGAACAGUGUAACGCGGAGCGUGGGCUCUAUGGUAAACUCAGUAAGGGUGAGACCGGUUAUGGCGGGUAUCCGUUCGCUUUUAACAGUUCCGAGGCUGGUGACAGCCUCCUUGCCAGGAAGCUGAGGGGUUUGGACGUACACAAGCACGACUCUCCCGACCUCAAAAAGUCCGGUGAAUAACGCCGGCACGCUUCCCACCAGCAUGACUUGACCGUAUCGUGAUGGUAACCUCUUUUCUCUUUUUUUAUUUCUGCUUCCUCUUCUUCAUUUCUAUUAUA